UUGCGACUCGAGAACCUUUCGUUCAGCUCCAAAAUAUCUUCCUCUCCUCUGUCCUGCGCCUCCAUUAUCCCUUGCGUGGUUUUAGUCUGUGAACUCGAGAGACCGAGCGAGGAAAGUUGCCGUGUGAGACCUGAGAGUCAGGGAGAUAUGGCUGGGAUUGGUCCUAUCAGGCAGGACUGGGAGCCGAUAGUGGUGCGGAAGAAGGCGCAGAACGCCGCCGACAAGAAGGACGAAAAGGCCGUCAACGCUGCCCGCCGCUCCGGCGCCGAGAUCGACACCACCAAGAAGUACAACGCUGGAACGAACAAGGCUGCAUCUAGCGGAACUUCCCUCAACACCAAGCGGCUCGACGACGACACCGAGAACCUUUCCCAUGAGCGUGUUUCAAGUGACCUGAAGAAAAACCUUAUGCAAGCAAGGCUGGAUAAGAAGAUGACCCAGGCACAACUUGCUCAGAUGAUCAAUGAGAAGCCACAGGUGAUCCAGGAGUACGAGUCGGGCAAGGCGAUUCCGAACAAUCAGAUAAUUGGAAAGCUCGAGAGGGCACUUGGAGCUAAGCUGCGUAGCAAGAAGUAAUGCCUUGAAGUAGCCAAGCCCUGUUUACUUGCCUUGCAUUACAUUUGCUAGGUCCUAAAAGCUUUUACAGGCUGUUCCUGUUGGUUGAUACUGAAUAACUAUGCCACGGAACCACUUUAUGUAUCAUUAUAUUCUCGUGUUCUAAAAUGUGUCAGUCAUAUGUCCCGGUGUAAGAGCUGCAUUGAGCAUGUAGAUUGACAUGAUAACCUGCGUGGUUUAUGUGUGGUGUUUGUUACUGGCUUUUGCUAAUACAAGUGUGUUGUGAGGUAAUUACACAAAACCA